AGCCCGUGCGGGGAUGUCUGGGAGACCCCGCGCCGACUGCUGCUCAAACAUCACGUUGACAUGGAUGAUGAAGACGGCCGGUGCCUGCUAGAUGUAAUUUGUGAUCCUCAGGCCCUGAACGAUUUCCUACAUGGAUCCGAGAAGAUUGACAGUGAUGAUCUCCUGGACAACACAGGAGAUGCAGCCAGUGCCUUUUUUGAAGGUGCUGGGCUGCACGUCCAGGAGUCCUCCGGUAACCACCUGAGCACCGAGCAGAGCCAGCCCAGCACCAGCGUGGACCUGGACUUCUUAGAAGAUGACAUCCUGGGGUCCCCGUCCAGUGGUGGGGCCAACCUGCCCAACUCGGACCAGCCCUGUGACAUCCUCCAGCAGAGCCUGCAGGAGGCCAACAUCACGGAGCAGACGCUGGAGGCGGAGGCCGAGCUGGACCUGGGCUCCUUCCAGCUGCCCACGCUGCAGCCCGUGGUGCAGGCGGGUUCUGAGGGGGCUCCCCAGAUCUUCUCUGGGGGGGCUGACCUGAUCGGGCUGCAGCCCCCGGCCGUGCUGACCCACCAGGCCCUGGUGCAGCAGUCGGUGGGAGCAGAUGUGGUCAACAAGGCCAUCAGUGUCCAGCCCUUCCUCCAUCAGGUGGGCCUGGGCAACGUCACCAUCCAGCCCAUCUCCAACCUGCAGGGCUUGCCCAACGGCAGCCCCAGCGGGACGCUGGGCAUCGGCCCCAUCCAGGUGGUGGGGCAGCAGGUGAUGGCCAUCAACCAGCCAGCCCAGCAGAUCAUCGCCAAGCAGGUCCAGCCCUCCCAGGUGGCCACCAUGCCUGUCGGCAGCUACAUCACCCAGACAGCCCCCGAGCAGCAGCAGGUCACCUUGGCCUCCACGGGGGUCUCGCCCCAGGGCACCGGGCUGGUCAUCCAGAAGAACCUGCCGACUGUGGCCACCACCACGCUCAACGGGAACUCCAUGUUCGGGAGCGUGUCGGGGACUCAGGGCUCCCAGCCCCUCACUGUCACCUCCAACCUGAGCAGCCCCUUGGUGCAGGCCCAGAACGUCAUCAUCCACAGGACCCCCACCCCCAUCCAGCCCAAACCUGCCGGCGUCCUCCAGCAGAAGCUGUACCAGAUCACCCCCAAGCCCUUCAGCUCCAACAACACCACCCUGACCAUCCAGAACGAGGCUGCCCUGCAGCAGCAGAAAGCCCAGCAGAACUUGACCUUCAUGGCCAGCAAACCCGGGCAGAACGUGGUGCUGUCAGGCUUCCCCCAAGGGCUUCCAGCCAACGUCUUCAAGCAGCCACCGCCGCAGCAGCCGGCCCUCAGCAAGCCCAUGAGUGUCCACCUGCUGAACCAGGGCAGCAGCAUCGUCAUCCCGGCCCAGCAUGUCCCCCAGGCCGUGCUGCAGGGACAGAACCAGUUCCUGCUCCCGGGGCAGCUGGCUGGUGCCUCAGCCGUGCAGAUCCCCCAGCAGCUUUCAGCCCUGCAGGCCAACAUGGGAGGGCAGAUCCUGGCUACCUCCCACCCUGGAGGACAAGCCCACAUCAUCACCAGCCAAGGGCCAGGCGGGCAGCUGAUCACCAACCAGGCCCUGCCAGCCCAGAUCCUCACCAACCAGAACAUCGCCGGGCAGCUCAACCUGGGCCAGGUGCUGACCUCCCAGAACGCCCACGGCACGGCUCACAUCCUCUCGGCCCCCAUCCAGCUCCAGCCUGGCCAGGUGGGCCAGCCAGCCCUUUUCCAGAUGCCCGUUUCCCUGGCUGGCAGCUUGACCACCCAGAGCCAGCCCUCGGUGGCCGCCCCGCUGGGCCAGACGGGGCAGACGGUGAUCCAGGGGGUGACCCUGCCCAGCCAGGUGAUGCUCAACGCCGCCGAGGGCCUGGGCCCCGCCGUCAGCAUCCAGGCCACGGCCACGAGCCAGAGCCCCGGGCUGGUCCAGCCCCAGCCAGGCUCGGGGUCUGGGCUGCUCCCCGGCUCCGACCAGCCCCCCAUCCUGACCGUCCAGGCCGCUUCCCAGGCCCCCGCGCCGCUGCAGCUCAGCGUGCCGCCCGCCCCGCAGCCCGGAGCCUCCCAGCCCAGCCCCGGCCUGGCCUCCAGCCCUGAGAAGAUCAUCCUGGGCCAGGCGGCCACCGGAGCUGUCAUCAACCAGGACUCCAUGCAGAUGUUCCUGCAGCAGGUGCCCCAGGGGAUCAUCCUGCAGGCCAAGCAGCAGCCCCCCAGCAGCCAGGGGUCCCUCGGGGCCUUCAGCAGCCCAGCCCCCUCGGUGCUGGUGAGUGGGCAGGGACAGACGGUGACGGUCACCACGGCCCCGGCGCUCAGCCACGCGCCCGCCGCCCUCCCGGCCUCCACCGCAGGUAUCACGGCCCCAGCUCCUGCCGAGAGUAAAACCUUCUCCAGUGUCUCCACACCCAUUCCCUCUGGGAAAGGGGCUGCAACCUCGGGGAAGGCAGGAACACCACUUGCCAUACAGCAGCCAGUCCAGACGAAGCCCAGUGUGAUCAGCUCCGUCUCAGGCCUGAACCUCGGGAAGGGCCCCCUGCAGAUCCAGGUGGUUGGGAAGGGGUUGCCACAGCUUGUACCCUCGGUCCCGGUGCAGAGCCAGCAGCUGUUCGACAAGCAGCUGGCUCUCAAGAAGGCCCCGACGCUGCAGCCCAGCAAGGAAGCCUGUUUCCUGGAGCAGCUGCACAAGCACCAGGGCUCCGUGCUGCAUCCUGACUACAAGACGCCGUUCCGCUCCUUCGACGACGCCCUGCAGCGGCUCCUGCCCUACCACGUCUACCAGGGAAUGCUGCCCUCAGCCCAGGACUACCGGAAGGUGGACGAGGAGUUCGAGGCGGUGUCGACGCAGCUGCUGAAGCGCACCCAGGCCAUGCUGAACAAGUACCGCCUGCUCCUGCUGGAGGAGUCCCGGCGGGUCAGCCCCUCUGCCGAGAUGGUGAUGAUCGACCGCAUGUUCAUCCAGGAGGAGAAGACCAUGCUGGCCCUGGACAAGCAGCUGGCCAAGGAGAAGCCAGACGAGUUCGUCUCCUCCUCCCGCUCCGGCCCCUCCUCAGCGCCCACGGCCUCGGUCCCCAGCGCGUCGCCGACCCCCGAGAGCCUGAAGGUGCCCCCGGCCCCCCCCCCACUGCACCCCACCAAGCUGGUGAUCAAGCACAGCGGGGGGUCCCCCUCGGUCACCUGGGCCAAGGCGUCCCCUGGGCUGGACGGGGACGAGGACGCGCUGCCCUCCCGCAGCAAACCCCCCAUCAAGACCUACGAGGCGCGGAGCCGCAUCGGGCUGAAGCUGAAGAUCAAGCAGGAGGCCGGGCUCAGCAAGGUGGUCCACAACACCGCCCUGGACCCCGUCCACCAGCCCCCUCCCCCCCCAACCUGCCGCCUCCCCAGGGACCCCCCGGCCGCCCCCGUCGCCGUCGGGCAGAUGAACGGCACCGUGGACCACGUCCCCCCGGCCCCUGCCGAGAAGAAACCGGCUGUCACCUCCUGCCGCCUGCCCCUGCGCAAGACCUACCGCCAGCACAUGGACCUGCUGCUGGCCGAGAAGCCCCCCGAGGCCUCCUGCCCCAAGAGGAGCACCCCCAGAGCCGACAGACCCCCCGGGGCCAGGGGGGAGGAGGCCUCGCGCAGCGUCAUCACCUCCCACCGCAGCCAGGACAGCCCCUCGGUGCCCCUGGAGAAGGGUCGGCCCGAGGGGAGCCCCAAGCUGCUGCUCCUCAGCCGGGGGGAGGCCCGGCCCUUGGCCCCCCAGGACAGCCCGGCCCCGCCGCGGCCCGACGACCCCUCCAGUGGCCUUAUGAAGGAGCUGGCGGAGGUGGAGGACGAGUUCUACCACGGGAUGAUCAAGCCCGACCCCCCAGACCAGGGCCCGGAGCUCAGCUGGGGGGAGGUCCCGUUGCCCCCGGCCAAGCGCCGCAAGUCGGAGUCCUUGGAGGUGGACAACGCCAGCUUCUCCAGCGACAGCCCCCAGGACGACUCCCUCAACGAGCACCUCCAGAGCGCCAUCGACAGCAUCCUCAACCUCCAGCAACCUCAGGCCGGGGCUCAGAACGUCCGGACGCCUUCCUCUUCCUACAACUCCUCUUCCUCCCCUUUCUCCUCGCCCGUCCACCGGGCAGACCCCUACCUUGCCCCCCCCAGUCACAACGGUGGCCUUGGAGCCAGGACGUUGAACAGAUAACGGCGGAGCCCACGGAGCCACCUUCCCGGGGACGCUUCGCCCCACUUUGUUUAUAGAAAAACAACAACACCACGGAAACAGAACAAAAAACAAAC